AUGGCUUCGUUGGUGAAUGUUUUGCUGCGAAAAAGCCAUAAUUUAAGUAAUUCUAAAGCCUUACUUGUAAAUUUACCGGCAGUUUACAAUGUGAACUCACAACGUAAAGCUCAUAGAUGGAUGCCCGAUGUAACUUUCGUAAAACAGUUCGAGGGGGCUGUUAUGUAUCCCGAAGGUGUCACCGCUCUCUUAAAGCACCCACCUUAUAACAGCAUUAUAGCUCCAACUGAAAAGCAGGUCAAAAACAUGGUGCUCAAUUUUGGACCUCAGCAUCCAGCUGCUCAUGGUGUGCUACGAUUAGUGCUUGAACUAGAGGGAGAGACGGUCCGUGGAGCAGACCCCCAUAUUGGCCUCCUUCACCGAGGCACAGAAAAGCUGAUCGAAUACAAGACAUAUACCCAGGCUUUGCCAUACUUUGACCGUCUCGACUAUGUGUCCAUGAUGUGUAAUGAACAAUGCUACAGUUUGGCGGUGGAGAAAUUGUUGAAUAUUGACAUUCCAUUGAGAGCUAAGUAUAUUAGAACUCUGUUCGCUGAGAUCACUCGUAUCCUCAAUCACAUCAUGGCGGUGGGCACCCACGCUCUGGACGUGGGAGCUCUCACUCCCUUCUUCUGGCUGUUCGAAGAGAGAGAGAAGAUGAUGGAGUUCUAUGAGAGAGUCAGUGGUGCUAGAAUGCACGCUGCCUAUAUAAGACCUGGUGGUGUUUAUUUGGACAUGCCACUGGGGUUAAUGGACGAUAUACACGAGUUUGCCAGCAAAUUCUCUGAGCGGUUGGACGAGGUGGAAGAUGUGCUCACAACAAAUAGGAUCUGGGUGCAGAGGACCAAGGAUGUGGGGGUGAUGACCGCUCAGGAUGCCUUGAAUUAUGGAUUCAGCGGUGUGAUGCUGCGAGGGUCCGGCAUCAAGUGGGACCUACGCAAGAGCCAGCCCUACGACGCCUACCACCUCGUGGACUUCGACGUGCCCAUCGGCACCAACGGGGACUGCUACGACAGAUACCUGAUCCGCGUGGAGGAGAUGUGCCAGUCGCUGCGCAUCAUCGACCAGUGCCUCAACCAGAUGCCCGCCGGCGAGGUCAAGACCGACGACGCCAAGCUCACGCCGCCCUCCCGCGACGAGAUGAAGACGUCGAUGGAGGCGCUGAUCCACCACUUCAAGCUGUUCACGCAGGGCUACGCCGUGCCGCCGGGCGCCACCUACACCACCGUGGAGGCGCCCAAGGGCGAGUUCGCCGUCUACCUCGUGUCCGACGGCGGCUCCAAGCCCUACAGGUGCAAAAUCAAGGCGCCGGGCUUCGCUCAUCUCGCCGCGUUGGAGAAGAUCGGCAAGAACUCAAUGUUAGCCGACAUCGUCGCCAUCAUCGGCACGCUGGACGUCGUGUUUGGUGAAAUCGACCGA